AUGGAAUCACAAGGAUAUCAGUUGUUCGAUGUUUAUAAUUAUGGAGAUCCAAGUCAAAUCCAAUUAGCUUCCAUCCAAAGUCAACAAUGUACUAAAAGCCCUGAAAUUGGUGGUGCGUCUUUAGGAAUGGCAGUACCUAAAGUUGAAAUUUGCACUCCUGAGGAUAUGCAGUCUUGGAGAUUAUUAAACGAAACUCCCGAUAGUGCUCCUGCUAUGUAUUUUCGAAAUAAUAAUAUUAAGGCUGAGAAGGCUAGAAGAAAGCUAGAUUUAGAGAGUUUAUCUGCUCAAUCUAACAUCGAUAAUAUGGUUAAUAAUUUGAACAAUCACGGUCAAAUAAGUCCUUAUAUGAGUAUAUACCCCAAGCCUGAAAAUAAACCAAAAGUUCGCAAUGGUAAAAGAAAAGCGAACGGGGCAGUCACUCCUAAUCCUUUCCCCGAAACAUCAGUUCCUACUUCGGGAUCUCGGCUGGAUAACUCGCUUCUGAUGACCACUAAGAAGUUUCUGUCUUUGAAAGAUCAGUAUGAGGUUUUGAACUUGAACGAUGCAGCUCAGCAGCUACUAGUGCCGAAACGAAGAUUGUAUGAUAUAACUAAUGUUCUCGAGGGGAUCGACUUGGUUGAAAAAGUUGGGAAGAACAGUAUUCGAUGGAAAACUCCUCAUUGUGAUGAAGGUGAUAUGAAAGCUGCUUGGAAUGAAUGUAUUAGAAUGCAAAAAGAAGAGGAGCGCCUAGACAGUUUGAUUCACGAUAUCUCAGCCGCCUUAAAAUUGGCCAAGGAAGAUCCCACCGAUAAACCAUAUAGUUAUGUCCGAUUCUCGGAUUUACGAUCUGUUCAACAAUUCGUUAACCAAACAUUAAUAGCGAUUAAAGCACCUCAAGAAUCUUAUUCAUACAUUGAGGUGUCUGAUCCUCUGAUGACAGGAAAAUACCAGCUUAUGAUCAAGAACGAUAUGAAUCAGGUUCUUCAAGCCUUGUUGUGUCCUUCGGACUCCAUGGUGGCCAAUCAAGUAACUGGCAACGGAGAUGAAGCUGUAGGUAUAUUCCCAAUACACCCUGUUGAGGCCACAGCAACCAUCAAGGUAGAAAAUGAAGAAACGAGAGAAGAAGGCAUGAAUGCUGAACAAAGGAGCAUUAGUCAUAAUCAUCAAAUUUCUCAUAAUAAUCAAGAAGAGGUCGUAGUGCCUUCUACUUCAAUGCAAACUCAGCAUCAGGAUAGCGAAUUAAUAACACCCGGAAAAUUUUUGCCUCAUCUUCAAAGUCCAAACAUAUUCAUGAGUCCUUUAAAGAUGUUAGCAGAUCCUUCAGCUUUUUUGUCGGCACCGUCGUUCGGUGAUUUAGAUGCUCCUCCAGGAUCCUUUCUUUCCUUAGAGCCCGAACUACAAGAGGAGGAUCCUUACCAAUAUCCUUCAUCUGAUGUGGCUUUACAAGAUCUUUUUUGUGGAGCCGACUGGGGAGACAUGGGAAGUAAUCUUUAA